GUAAGGAUUCCCUUCUCCCAUUGAUCCCUCUGCGCGAGUCACUGUUCUUUGGUGCCCUGGAACCCAUGCGCCGCAUCCUAGCUAUGCGGGCGCUGUCAUAAGAAGCGCAGGCGCUUGCCCCAAACCUAUUUCUGCGAGAAGCAUUCGAUGUCUCUGCACGCGAAGAUAAAACCCCUGCAGAGAUUAUCACAGAGAAGGCCCUGUUUCUGACUCCACGCAGUGUCCUCCCACCUCCUCCGCCGCGGUAUACCGUGCCGCUGGCGUAUGCGGCGGGUGCUUCCAACGGCAUGGCGGUGCCAAUUCUCGAGACAAAUAAUGUCAUUAGCCAUCCAGAGGGUGGUUGUCCCCUCCAAGUAGGUGAAGGAACAUAUGAACUCCAAGAUGAUUUACAUCUCGCGACCCCUCCUCCGCAUCCCUCCGAAGCCCCCGUCACAAAUCCAAAUCCCCUCGCGACUGUUCCGACGCCACCGACCUCCGGCGUCAAGCUGACACUCGUCAGUGUUGAUGGGCAAAAGAAAGUCCCUCGGCUGUAUAAUGUCCGGAAUGGGUUGUCUGAGCUCAGGAAUAUCAAAGAAGAUGAUAAAGAGGGACGAACAUCGGAGAGUGGCAGUGAUACAUUUCGGAAGACCAAUCUAUCAGUACCUAUUUUUGGAGAAGGCAAUCCCGCACUUGCUCCUCCUGCGAGUAAAGAUGGCUUGAAACGGAGAAAACCGAAGAACAAUAUCGUCAAGAGCAGUUCGUCGUUCGUUUCCAGAGUGAUUCUCCAUGAAUCCUUGACGAAGCGCCUUAACGAACGGGAUCCGGACGGCGUAUUUGCAUUUGCGAACAUCAACCGCGCCUUCCAAUGGCUGGACCUGGGAUCGAAGUCCAAAGAGGAGCCCCUGGCUAAGAUACUCUUGACAAAGGCGCACAUGCUGUGCCACGACGUCAAUGAGCUGACCAAGACAGCCUCCCACAUCGAUGUCGUCAUGGGGUCGUCCGCCGGCGAUAUUAUCUGGUAUGAGCCUAUGUCGCAGAAGUAUGCUCGCAUCAACAAGUACGGGGUGGUUUGCAAAUCCCCCGUAACACAUAUAAAGUGGAUUCCGGGGUCGGAAAACUUAUUUCUGGCUGCGCAUGCCAACGGCCAUCUGGUCGUAUACGACAAAGAAAAGGAGGAUGCCUUGUUCACACCGGAGACCAACGAUGUAUUCGACAGGCCGAGUGCCAGCGUCAAUACGCGGAAAGGGAUGACGAUCUUGAAGUCUGUCAAUUCAAGAAAUCAGAAGACCAACCCUGUUUCCGUCUGGAAGCUUUCGAACCAACGAAUCAAUCAGUUUGCCUUCUCGCCAGAUCACAAGCAUCUGGCUGUUGUCCUUGAAGAUGGCACGUUGCGAAUUAUGAACUUCUUGAAAGAAGAGGUGCUGGACAUCUUCAGAAGUUACUAUGGAGGCAUGAUUUGUGUCUGCUGGUCUCCCGAUGGCAAGUACAUCGUGACCGGUGGACAGGAUGACCUCGUAACGAUCUGGUCCUUUCCAGAGCAAAAGAUCAUUGCGCGAUGUCAGGGUCACAAUUCGUGGGUAUCUACGGUGGCGUUUGAUCCUUGGAGAUGCGAUGAGCGGACCUACAGAUUUGGCAGUGUGGGUGACGAUUGCAGACUACUGCUGUGGGAUUUCAGCGUUGGGAUGCUGCAUCGUCCAAAGGCGCUCCAAGCGACCGCCAGGCAGCGAAACAGCAUUGUUGCAUCUGGCUCACAUCUUAGUCGACACCAGACAGACAGUACGAGUCACCGGAAACGAUCCGACUCUAACCGAACAGAGAAACCAGACGAUGAUGAGGAAGAAGUCACGGUCUGUCAUCCAGUCGAACCCAGGGCGCGAACUGCACAUUUGCCCCCUAUCAUGUCCAAGGUCGUCGGUGAAGAUCCUAUCUGCUGGCUCGGCUUCCAGGAGGAUUGUAUCAUGACAUCGUCCUUAGAAGGCCAUAUUCGCACCUGGCACCGCCCUCGUGAAGGUCCGAACGAAAGCCGCAUCAACCUAUCAUCCGCCACUGCCUCCGGCUCCGGAUCUGUAUCAUAGCCAUACCAUACUCUCACGAAAUCGAUGUAGUGAGAAAUCUCUUCUUUAUGAGACAUAAUUACUACCCCUAACAUUCUAUACAUACGAUGAAUGAAGAUGGUAUACAUGAAGGUGGGGGCGGGGAUCCGAAAUCCAUAGGAUUUCGCACUAUGACCCAUUUGUUCCUUGUAUAUAUUUAGAAUCUGUGCGAAAAGAUCACGAAAUUCACUUUUACAUAUUGUGUUUCCUGGUUUACUACUUCUGCAGAGUAAGUAGACUUCUAUUUGACUGCCCUGCUUGUAGCUUUGGAAAGUACAGUAGUUACGAUUUUCGCUUACCAUAUAUAUUUUGCUUUUUAUUUACACACGU